UGAUCGUGACGUCACUCUCCAACAUGGCGGACUGGAACAGAGGUCAUGGCGCUGUUGACGACAUGCUCGAUGAGGAGAACAAGCGAAUGGCUGAGAACCUGGUCAGCAAGGUCUCCAGACUAAAAUCUCUGGCGUAUGACAUCGACAGGGAAGCUGAUGAUCAGAACGAGUACUUGGACAACAUGGACUCAAACUUCCUGAGUGCAACGGGCCUGCUGAGUGGCAGCGUGAAGCGUUUCUCCACCAUGGUCCGAUCCAGCAGAGACAAUCGUCGCAUCCUCUGCUACGUUUCUGUGGGACUGGUCCUGGUCUUCUUCCUGCUCUACUACCUGAUCUCCAGGAUCCAGCGCUGACGUGAUGACCAGAUCAGGAGCUGAUGGGGAAGUGACACUUUGGACCCUGACGUCCCAUCUGAUGGUUUAAAUUAUCUCUGUGGUAUUCCUGCACAGGAAAACACUUUUAUUCAACACCAAAGGGAGAAACAAACUUGAGAAAGACAGGAAACAUGAAGUUGAGUUGUUGAUGUGAAAAACUGGGGGGUAGGAAGCUGUCGCACUCGUGGUCAUAUCGGCGAUGCUGGAGUCGCUGAAGAAACAAAAAGGACACGUCUGGUAUUCAGGGAUUUCUGCUUUGCACUGCCCCCGGCCUGUAUUGUUGCAAGCCAGGAAAUCUGGGCAAAGAGAGGGUGGAGCCUGAAUGUAGGCGGAAAAGAUAUCCGUCCCAGCUGAGCAGAUUGUGAUAGGCUCAUGAACCAGUCAGUUCACUCAACCCAGAUAUAUACUAAUACAGAGAGGCUGUCUCAGUUCCAGACUUCAUAGCAAUUGAAAGCAGUGCUUGAAUUUCAGCUAGUCUGUUCACUACUGUAAAAUUGAGCUAAAUUUUAUAUUACAAACUUAAAAUGUGCUGUGUUGUCAAAUGCAAAGGAAUUGAAAACUCACAGCUCAAAAGUAACCAUAAUGUGAAUUUUGGUGGUGACACAGCCAAAGAAAGUUCAAGAAACAGACUUCUUUUUCUUUGCAAAGUUUCUUUGAAAGUCUUUUUCAGAGGUACAUCAGUACAUAAACGGUAAAGGUCUUUAUGUAUGUUUUGUAGCAGCAAAAGUGUGUAUGUAUAUAUAUAUAUAAUUUAUAGUAUGCACUGUCUGCUGAUUUAAAUGUUGUGUGGAACUGGGACAAAGCAGGUGAUUAUUUGACAGUAUAUAGUGUUGACACAUGGGUACAGUUGAUUGACAGGAAAUAGGGCUAAAGUUGGUUUAAUACAAAAUUCAAACACUAGUGUGUUUCAGUUUCAAUUCAUCUUUAUGAGCAGUUGGAGUUCAGUGUGCAUGUCGCUCAGCUCGUUUCCUUCUAAUCAUUAAUAUUAUGUCUUGAUACCGGUCCUUUUCAUAGUUUCCAGACAUUUUGUUUUCUGUCUUUUGUUCCUCAUCAGUUGGUGAAAGAAACUGGGGCAAAUUUAUUCUUUUUAACAUUCCCAUUCCUGAUGCUGAUCUGCUGUAGCUGUGGAUCUUGUCCGGGAUAAUGACCUCUUUUUUUCAGAGAUUCAUAAUGGUUCUGGUCAUUAUUACCUUUUUCAAAAAAUUAAAACAGUCCUUCAUAAAAUAUAUAUUUUAUAUGUCAUGGAAAUAUUUAUGAUGACUGUUAGAGAAGACAAGUUUUAUUUUUAUGUCUAAAUGAAAACAAAUCAAAAUUCAAUAAAAAAA